AUGACUGGUAUCCCUAGGCUACAGGGACGGCACCCACAUUGUCUGCCUCUGUGCAAUUAUGUCACGAGCAGUCAGCGACCAACGUGCAGGAGAGGAAAUUUUGGCUCCUCCUGCACCGUGCCCCGCCUGUCCGCAACUGGACAUCGAAUCAGACUUGAUACCGCCCUUGGAGGAGGUGGUGAGCCACGACGGAUAGAGACGGACUCUGAUCAGCACAUCGCGCCAGCGCGGAUGUCGGAGCGUAUCUGGCUGGUUCGCGACCUCGUUUCCGCACUCGCAAGCACAUGCCUCAACGUCAGCUCCCAUAUGUCGUUGUCCCACCAAAUCGUCUUCCCACCGCUGAAUGUGCAUGGGGCCGAACUUCAACGGCUUCUCAUUCAAUGCUGUGGCGAACUGACAGCGUCGUGUUUGAGGCAAGCGAACGCAAAGCGUCGGCAAGCGCGCGUUUGCAGCAACGUUCUCUCCCGCUUCCCGGAAUGCGCCAUCUCCGUCGUCCAAGGCAGAGUGCUAUGCCCGGAACACCAGAAGCCGCUGCGAGCGUUCAUUUGCUACACUGAGGGCCAGCAUCUAGGGAUGGUACACGCUUCGUGUGACUUCAUCGUGGACCGAACGACCCACAAGUCGUGUGGUUUCAAGCUUCUACCGACACCCAAACAUCUCGACCCGGACGAGAAGGCAUGGAUCAUCCAAGUGGGAGAGGCGGAUAACGGCCCUCCCCCAAAUGAAGAUGCCGACGACUGGUUCGUCACCUUGGAGCGCCGAGGUAUGAAGGCAGAAGAUCGCGCCCGGAGCUUGCAACACGGUCUUGACACGAAGGAGGUGCCGAGUGCGAGCGACCAACAGACCUACGACGAGAUAUUCGCCAAGGCCUUGGCGUAUGACGACCUCCCAAAGGGUGAUUCCCCCAAGCAGUAUUCUGAUACGGACUACCUGGGCAAGGCAGCAGCGUAUGACGCGUUCCAAUUCUCUCAAUCGACUGCGUCGGGGUCUCCGUCCACCUCGUUCGGCGCCUCAAGCCCAUCUCUCCGGACGCCAUCGAGCGGCCAGAUUCCACGGAGGAAGAACACGUUGAUAUACGGGUCUAUUUCCUUGGGACGGUCGUCCACCAGCGAGCGCUCUCAGAUGGCUCGGAGGAUGUCAGACGAGUCCCCGUUGAAGAACAAGGUACAUCAGGGGAAGAACAAGGCGGUGCCGCUCAAGCUCGGACGUCACUUGGCCAUAGGAUGCGAGCCUGCUGACGUCGAAGAGGAUGGCAAGGAUCUUGACGACUUCAUGGACAUGUCCGAUGGCGAGCAGUGCGGAGACGAGGGACAUGUGGGUCAGGCUGCACAGGCUGCACAGAGCUAUGAUCCUGGAGCCCCAUCAAACCCCAUCGAACUGACCGACGACAGUAGUAGCGGGAACGAACGUCCGCGCAAGAUGGCGAGGAUGAAGACCAACUACGCCAACUCUUCCACGGUCCUCGAGAGGGCUCACAAUGUGCUCUCCCGUACGAAGUCCUACACCAACAUCGUUAAGACUGAACCUUUGGACAAUGACGAGUGUCUCCAGGCUGCCGGGAGACACUUCAAGGCCGCCUCUAGUGUGAAGAACAGCCCCGACAUUGUGAAACGCAACAAGAAGCUUGGUGCUCCUUCCACCCAGCGCGGCUUGCGCGAUGCUCCCUCGGCCCUUCCACCCAGCGCGCGUGGCUUGCGCGACGCUCCCUCGGCCCCUUCCACCCAGCGCGACUCACGCGACGCUCCCUCAGCCCCCUCUGCCAAGCACGGCUCGCGCGACGACCCACCUCCCGCCGUUUCCGACAGCCGCACUCCUGGGGGCUGUGGUACACUCUCUGCCUCCCCUGGCGAACGCGAACAGGGUGACUUCGUGGCUUCGGUGAACUCCGGCACUGAACGCGGCUUACUGUACAACCAAUUUCUCUUGCACCUGCAGUCGCGCUUCUUGCACCUCUUUCGAUUCGACAUUGAGGACGAUGAACCACCCUUCAUGGCAUCGCAGGACACCUGGCAACUAACCAUAUAUUACCACUUCUUCAAUGGGCGCUCUCUGCUUGCUCGCACUCAAGUGAUCCCGCACGCAGAGCAUGAACUCUGUGUUCGCGACAUUCGCUACCUCACUGAAUUUUGCGGCGUGUUUGGGGAGAGUCGCGUCAAGAUCAAGGGCCCGGGUGAUGCUCGAUGGAUGUCGUGUCGUCCCUCGGACGUCAUCCAGGUGUCCUGUGAGACUCGCAAUCAUAUCCGAGUCGCAAUGAUGGGCGUCACUGAGGUCAAAGAGACGACAGAUGAUGAGGACGGUCUCUCAGACGAUGACGUCGACAAUAGCGAUCUGUUCGCGUGGCGCGAGGGCUCAGACGAUGACCUUCUGACGGUCGAAGAGAUCAAGGAUGAAUAUGGGGUGGAUGGAGGUGAUGGUGACGGCUUCGUCGAGGAAGACAGCUUCGUCGAGGAAGAGGGGAUGGACGAGGACAGCAAUGAGUAG